AAUUACCAAAUCCAUUUAAGGAAACUGAAGAGACGCGGGCGCAAUUCAAUGAUCGGGGGAGCUUAAUCGGUUAAUGUUUUCAUUGACAACUCGAGGCGAGCGGAUGAUGACACGUGUUUUGAACAUGAUCAUCGUCCAAAGUGGGUUCGGGACGCUUAAAGUUUUUAUAGCAAAGUCACACCGCGGUUACAACGUCGGCUCGCGCUUCAGUUACGUUUCGAGUCCGCCGCAGUUGAGAGAACCCUCGUUACACUCCGUUCUUUCCUCGCUCAUUAUUUGUAUGCCGAUUACACGCUGUGAUAGUCGAUCGUGCUGAUUUAAGCUGAUUCUCCGAGUUGCAAUCAUUUACGAGUAUAUCAAAGAUCUCUUGGAUCCUUGAAAUUAUGCCACAAGAAAAGGAUAAUUCCCACGGCAAUAAGAAAAAAGCGGAAACUAGGAAGGAGACUCGCUCAGACAAUACUACAGAAGCCGUUCACUCAUCUUGCUCAUCUCAGACUGAAGAUAAUGGAACUGUCAUGAGUAUUGAAGAAUCACUCACUGUGAUAACUACGGCAAUAGAAGAUGAUGAUGCUGGGAGAUGGGAACCUAUGGAAGUUGAUUGUUCUGCCUCGUCGAGUGAAAAUACAGAGUACAGCAAACUGCCAGUGAUGCUUAGAAAGGAAUUUGCAAGUCUGGGAACACAAACUGAACCUACGCGUGUGCCAAUACAGAGAAGGGCUCUCCGUACGAGGUUUAUCACUAAAGACCACGCAUUCCAAUCUGUUUCGUCCACCAACUCCGCCGUGCCUUCGUCUAAUAAACGUGGUGCGGAAAACCGCGACGCGCGUCCACAAGAUUACAAGAUGAACUACUUCAAACCUGUCGUGUUUCUGCUGCUGUCGGCAAUGUCUGUAAUUUUUAUUUCUAUUCUUUUACACGAGAACCAGCAGAUUCGCAGGCACAGCACGGAUUUUGCAAACGCCGUUGUCGAACUGAAACAACGGAUUUACGGCCAUGAGGAAGCCGUGAACGAUUUGUGCGACUUUCUUACGCAUGACACGCCUUCCAUGAAAGUGAUUGCCCUCGUUGGUGGUACAGGUGUCGGCAAGUCAUAUACCGUCGACAUAAUAAGGAGAAAUUUCUCGAGGCACUACGCUAUCCGUACGUAUUACCGGCCAAUUAAGAACAUCUGGGAGAUCAACCUUCCUUUGCUGUACCCAAAUCUAAUCGUCCUGGAGAACCUGAGGGAGCACGAUUUGAACGAUGUCACACACUUUCUGUACACACGCCGAAAGGAAUAUAAGGAUCGUCUCAUGACCAUACUGGCCGUUUUCAAUUUCGAUCAGAUGGAGGACGGUUGUUUGCAACAGGGACGCGACGACUUCGGCGAUGCGUUCAAAAUACGAAACCGUAUCCUCGGAAUUGGACUACCUGAGAAUAACCUUAAAAUUAUUUCCUACGAGCCUUUGAGCAAGGACGCCUUGAAGAUGUGCAUUGCGGACGCGAUAGAAAAGAGUAAGCUAGUAAUCCGUGAAAGUCAGUUCGAUAAUAUUCUCAAUAUUCUGAUAAGAAACAAGGCCGGUUGUAAAGGGGCCUACAGGCAGGUUCAAUUGAUCAGAGAAAAAAAGGUACAUUAAUCAUUUUAUUUAUUUUAAAUGUCACAAAAUUAAAUCUUUAAAUUAUAUUAAAUAUUUUCAUCUUAGAAGAGACGGGUCUCUUUUCAAUUAUAUCUAAUCUAUGCCUUAAUUUGCAGCGAUUAUUAUGUAUUAUUUAAAUUACGGACAAAUCAAAGUUAUUUUGUACUUAUGACUUAAAAAAAAAGAAGGGACAAUUAAUUGAUUAUGUAGGAACUUUAGAUGACUUUUUUUAAAAGUUAAGACAUGUAUAAUACAUUUAUAAUAAUAGUAUUAUCAUGAAGAUAAGCAAAUUUUUCCGGGUUUCUAUUGCAUCGAUUGUUCAUGAAAUAUUGUACAAUUCGGUUAUUAAUAUAAAUGUCUCGUUGGUGGCACAGACGCCGGCAAAUCAUAUACAAUCGACAUAAAAGGGAGAAUUAAUAAUGUCAAACACGUCCAUUAGAUAAAGUCGGAUUAUGAAAGUAUAGGUAUAGUUAAUAUUGUUAUUUGAUAUCACUCCAAGGAGUGUUAUUUAUAAAUUUACAGAUUAAAAAUUCGUCGUUGUAGACGCGAUUAUUGUAAGUAUGCGUCUACAGCGACUUUAGUGCUAAUAAAAUCAAUGUAUACGUUGCCCAUUAAUAUAUCGUCGUUACUACAAACAAUUUUUGUAAAUUCAAACUUGUUGAACUUAUCUACUGUAUGAGUUCGUCUGGAUACCUAUCGUAUUUCUUUUUCAUGUAAAUUGCAAACAUUCAAAAACAUAAGUCGAUUGCUUAUGUAAAUGUUUAUGAUUGAAGGGACACUUAUCUGAUGUUAGUCUUUUUUAUAUUAAAAAAAUUAAAUAUUUAAAUAUUUUAGUGAAAUGGGUAUUUCUCUAAAUUAUUUAAAUAUUUAAUAUUUUAUAUAUACCUACAUAUAAGACCGGCAUCAGAUGAGUGUCCCUUCAAUCACCAAAUGUUUACAUAAGCAAUUGACUUUUGUUUUUGAAUAUGUUUACAUAUUUCAUGAAAAAUUAAUGCAACAGAUAUCCGGAUAAACGAUGAUCUUUAUUAUGAAUUACAAUUUUAUCAGGAAAUAAUGAAAAAUUUAAACGAGUUUGGAGCCACGAACGUUGUCUGUAGUAGUGAUAGUAAUUUAAAUGGGAAUGUUUACGUAGACUUUGUUUACACCAAGGCAGCUGUAGAUGCUUAUUUAUAUUACAAAAACCGCGUUUACGAAAACAGAGCUUUAAUUUGUAAAUUUUUAUGGAAGCAUUUCUUGGAAUGAUAUUAAAUGCAAUGAAAAUAUUAACUGCAGUAUACGAUUUGCCGACGCCUGUACCACCAACGAAAGCUAUUACUUUCAUGAUGUGUCACGUGUAAGAUAUUCACACAGAUUGUUCAUGGUUUUCAGCAAUUAUUAAAAAUACGAGCGGAGAUGAUUUUUUUUAAAGAUUAAGAUAACACAUUUAUAAUUAAAUGUAUAACACUUGUAUAACACAUUUAUAAUUAAAUGUAUAUUAAACAAGUUUUAAUUAAAAAAAAAUUAUCUCCGCCAUGCCUUUAAUCUAAUGGAUUGCUGAAAGUCAUGAACGAUGAGAACGAUCUGUAUGAGUAUCUUAUAGGUGAUGUCUUCCAUGAAGGUGAUAGCCCUCAACGGUGGCACGGACGUUGGCAGAUCGUCGACGUCAUAAGGAAGAAUUUCCUGAAGCAAUAUGCUAUUAUAAUUAUAAAUGUAUUAUACAUAUCUUAACCUUUAAAAUGUAUUAUACAUAUCUUAACCUUUAAAAAAAUCAUUUUAAGUUGCUAUAUAAUCAAUUAAUCAAAACAAGUUAAACAAAUUAAGUUUGGAAAUAAAGUAGAUUGAUUAUUUUAUUUAUUUUAAAUAUUACAAAAUUAAAUGUCCUGAAUUUAUAUUAAAUAUUUUGAUCUUAGAAUAGACGCAUUUUUUUCAGAGAUCUUGCCACUUGUAGUCUUUGAAAUUAUAUUUGACUCAAUCUGUGUCUUAAUUUGUAGCAAUUAUUAUGUAUUAUUUAGAUGAUGAUACACUUUUAACGCUUUCACUUAUCUACUUCUUCGCUCGAAAAUUUGUAUUUACAGAAAUAUCAUAUCUUACUACGUUAUAAUUAUAUUACGAUUUGCUAUUGAGAUCUACACUACUUGUGAUUUUGAUUUUGAUUCUCUUGUUAGAGGAUCAAAAGAUUCUCAAACACAGCACCGAUUUUGCGAACACCGUCGUUGAGUUGAAGAAAUGAAUUCAUGGUCAUGGAAGAAUUGUGCAAUAUUAUAAUAUUAUAAUAAUAAAUUAUUAUAAUAUUAUAUUGUACAAUUCUUCGUGGUCAGGAAUGCAUUUUGUUAAUUCAACCGCGCUCCCAAAAUCUGUACUAUGUUUGCGAAUCUGCUGAUUCUUGUAUAAGAGAUCACAAGUAUUAUACGAGCAGAUUACAAUAGCAAAUUGUAAUAAUAUAAUAUUAUAGUAACAUAUAAUAUUUCUGUAAAUAUAAACAUUCUCGAGCGAAGAAAUAGAAGAUAAAUGAGUAAAAGCGUUAAAAGUGUAAUUGCUAGUAGUUCUGAUGCGAAACACUACCCUGUAUAGUUAGUAAUUCAGAUGUUGCAAGCUCGACCGACGGACGUGGAAGUGAAUUAAAUAUUUUGCAAAC